GAGUACAUAAGCACUGUCAGUACCAAUACUUACCAGAUGAGGAAAUGUCCUGCGGUGGCUGUGACAGUCGUCAUUGAAAGUGGCGCUGCUCUGAAAAUGCGGCAACAAUCUUCUCUGCAUGUCGGGCUCCUAUCUCUCCGCAAUCCGCAUUUCCUUGUCGCAAGAACCUGUCGUUACAGGCGAUGUUAGUGAAGGUACUGUGCGCCUGGACCUUCCAGCCUUGGGAGAAGAGAGGGUAGGAGAAGUGCACGCUCACUUGAAAGGCUUCUUGACCACGACGCUCAACCGUCAUGGGCCUACGCUCACAGACACGAUCUCCCUUCUACAGCAAAGCAUUUUGCUCUGGAAACGAGGGAUGCCUUCCCCGUCGUCAGGCAUCCUCACCGUCCCGUUCAGGUUCAAGCUGCCGGACAAUCUACCUCCCUCGUUCGACUUCAGUGACGAGGGAAUCAGUGUCCGGAUCAGCUAUUCCGUCGAGGCUGCUCCAGAUCGUUCGGGAAUCCGGAGUGAACGAGUAGAAUCUACUGUGACCGUCGUUCAGAAUGACCCGGAAAGCUCGCAGAUUAGUCUGCGACUAGCUCAAGGCUGGAAUGAACCUUGGACGACAAAGACCAUUUCUAAACGAUUUCGCAGAGUACAUGGUCUUGUCGGGGAUGCCACGUUGAACUUGACGUACCCAUCGUCGCCUGCUCUGCCUACAAAUUCGAACAUCCCUUUCAAGCUGCAUGUCGUCACUGUCAGCUCCUUGAUGUCGCGGGACGACGACGGUAGGAUAUGGCCAUCUCCGCCAACUCAGCCUCGUGAAAUUCUCGCUGAACUGCGACAACGGGUCUACUCCCGCAUCGGCUCGGAAAGCCAUGUAUUCACCACGCCGGUCAAGUCACUGUGGGGCGCUGUGGAAGUCGGGCCGUUUGACAAGGAAUGGAUCCCGACCGAAGGGAGCGACACGACAGGCAAAUGGAAGCAAGAAAUGCCCCUCAGGUCGUCUUUUAUGCCGUCAAACACACCUACAUUCGCCUACUCGAGUGCUGGUACGAGUGAAGUCCGCGUCGAGUAUUCGAUCCACCUCAAUGUUCACUUUGGGUCACAUUACAGUCUUGACCUGGACGUGCCGGUCAUCAUUGGUUCUAGCGUGGGACCGGGCUCACGCGACAAACCCGCCUCUUUGUCAACAACGGAAGCCGCACGAUCACACGCUGGGAUAGACCGAGUUGAGCCUCCUAUGGAUUGGUUUCUUUCUGUCCCAGGCGCUUCCUUUGAGAGCAACUCGUCAAACCCUCUGCGUCGUGUGAUCACUGCACCCGAAACGAGACCGCCUUGUCCGACCACAGCAAGUGAUCAGGACAGCAGGCUCACUGCUCGUCUGGAGCAGCAUGACCUCCCAAUGAGCUGGUUUAUGCCUGGCACUGGUGCUUCUGCGUCCGGGGCGCCUGGGCACGGGUACACAAGAAGCCUAGAGUUACUGGACAACUCCAUCGCGCUCUUCGAAUCUGCUUCAAGACUCAGGAGUACCAGCCACGAACGCCCCAUACCUCUGCGGCAAGUCCGAUCUGCAAGUCCCGCAAGGGCAUCCAUCGCGCGAAGUGGCUACGUGCGGAACUUCGGACUUGCCGACUUACCUGAGGACAUGUUCACUGGAGAUUUCAGAGGUGUCCCCGCGACUCCUAGACGGCCAGCUCGCAGGCAACCAGCACCUCCAUCCGGAAACGCUCGUCCCGUAAGCGCCGAGUCAAGUACAUCUGCACGAGGCAGUCGUGUUCGAAACUACGGGGCCGCUGACGUACCCGAAAAUAUGUUCGGCGCGGAUUACGGCGCAGUCCUUACGACCUCUAGACGUCCUGCACGCCGGCGCCCGGCACCCACGUUCGAAACGAAUCGCCCGGAGGAAGCGGAGUCGGCGGAUCUGCCUUCGUAUGGCGACAGUCUCGACGACGGACCCCCACCCUACGAGGAGUAGCGCGCAUCAAUGCUCUACAUCCGCUUCUCCCAGUGAUGGUGUGAUUGCUCCGUGCUUCUGCUAUCUAGCACUCGUCUUGCAUUCACUUACCUGGUGCGUGUAUACCUAUGUAUCUCAUACUAGUUGAUCUGUCGCCUCAGAACGGGUCAUAUAUGCCUACCCGCUGCAUCCCAGAUAGCCUCGAUGACAGACGUCGGUUCUAAAGACGUGUGGGGCCGCACGAAAGAUGCUCUGUGAUAGAGUGGCACCUCCCAAGCUAUAGCCUAUCGCGCGUCCUGCCAGUACUCACUCUCACGGCAAGGGGUUCCCGAGUGAUGCAU